AUGGGCAAUCGAGCAGAAUUUGCCCCUGAUUUUAUUACGAGUGUUGGCCCUGCACGUGGUUUGGGAGCCAGAGCAACUAGCGAGUUCCUAGAAAAUCUUCGAUGGACAUCUUUCCUUCUCGUCUAUCAGUACGAAUCAGAUCUGGAGGAGCUAGCUCCUCUUAUUUAUGACCGUCGUUCAACUCAUUAUGCGGGUCAUCGCGCGUCUGUACAAAUCAGGAGGUUGCCAAACAACACUGACCAUUAUGAGCCAUUCCUCAAAUACGUACGGAAUCGAUUGAAACAAACCAAUAUCGUGACUAACAUGCUCAGCACGAAACCAACACCUGUACCGAACUACCAAUUCUUCGGUGAUUAUUGCUCUGUGCUUUCGUUGGAUGUUGCUGUAUUGAUGGGCUGCAUCGGAAUAAUUUCAGUAAAGUAAGC